GACUAUGCAAUUGACCGGAAAAAUCGAAACGUUUGAAGAUAAAUGUUACUAAAAUAAUCAUAUGAUAACACGAUUACACAACUAGUUGAAGUCGAGCGACACUACGGUAUGAAAAGGACCCAACGGGCCUAAUGGGAAAAGGGAAUGAAUUUCUAUGAAUCUGGGUCAGGGCAGGCGGGCAGCAAAGCAAAGCGAAAAAAAAAAAUCCAACCAAGAAAGCGCUGUCAGCUGCCAGGUCAGCUCGCCCCUUUCCCCUUUCCAACGAGACUACCACCACCCCACUAAAUUUUUUUUUUUCUUCAAAUUUAAACAAAAUUUCGACGCAAUUUCAUUUGCAUUUCGGGAAAACCUUCCCCCCUUUAUAAGCCUCCUUCCCCUUCGUCUCCACUCCUCUCUCUCUCAUAUCGCUUCGAGCUGCGCACAUCUGGAGAACGAUAGAUCGCCUGAGAAACAUCUAGACGACAACCGAAUCAGGCGGCACGACUUCCCUCCGGAGCUCUUUAUCUUCGCUUCUCUUCUCCAAGGUAUGGAUCCUCUUCGUUCCGAGUUCCCUAUGUAGAUCCGGUUCUUGUCUGAGUAGCGAUUCGAUCUGAGUUUCGUGGAGAUUUUUCGAGCUCGAUCUUGUGAUUUUGAGCUGCUGCUGUGUUGUCUCGAUCGGGAGUAGAUGGAUGUUGAAAGGAUACGACAAGCAGACAGUGAAAAUGAUAGCUUGAGUUGCCGAAUCUUGCUUCUGUUUGCUUUCGGAGCCUCCGAUCUCGUUUUGAGCUUUGCUGGUGGCUGAUUCGAGUUGUUCUGUGAUGGCCUUUAGGAGUCAACUUAUAUAACACGCUUAUUGUUUGAUAUGAGUUGCUGCAAUUUAGUUGAAUUGGCUUUGUGUUGACAUACGAGCUAUGGAAGUUCUGGUGUCACAUCCAGCUACUACUGGAUUGAAGUUGUUGCUUCUUAUGGAUUGUAAUGUAAUAUAUACGGAUGCUCAGAUUUGUUAGUAUUUGAUCUUUGGUUGAAUGUGAGAUCUUAAGUUGGUGGGUGGUUGUUAAGAUCCUUGUUAGUUUGCUUUCAAUGCUUUGAUCUGGUGAUCACUUCCUUUCGAUCUCUUCAUUUCCAGUAUAAAUUUUAGGUCUUGGUACCUUAUCAUUGGAGUUGUGGAUUUGAAAUGUAGAUCAAAGUUUUUUGUUUGUGGAUUACUUUGUUGGGAUGUGGUGGCCUUGACGAGAGUAUGAAUGUGUGCCUCACGAUAACUUACGAUCUCAUUUCUCUUGCAGUACUAUAAAAGAUGGCCGACGGUGAGGAAAUUCAGCCCCUUGUCUGUGACAAUGGAACCGGAAUGGUGAAGGCUGGAUUUGCUGGUGAUGAUGCACCAAGGGCAGUCUUCCCCAGUAUUGUUGGCAGACCUAGGCACACUGGAGUUAUGGUUGGGAUGGGUCAGAAGGAUGCUUAUGUUGGUGAUGAGGCUCAAUCCAAAAGAGGUAUCUUGACCUUGAAGUACCCAAUCGAGCACGGUAUUGUCAGCAACUGGGAUGACAUGGAAAAGAUUUGGCAUCACACCUUCUACAAUGAGCUUCGUGUUGCCCCCGAGGAGCACCCGGUACUUUUGACGGAGGCCCCUCUUAACCCAAAGGCCAACAGAGAGAAGAUGACCCAGAUCAUGUUCGAGACAUUCAAUGUCCCUGCCAUGUAUGUUGCCAUCCAGGCCGUCCUCUCCCUCUACGCCAGUGGUCGUACUACCGGUAUCGUGUUGGAUUCUGGUGAUGGUGUGAGUCACACUGUGCCAAUCUACGAGGGUUAUGCUCUGCCACAUGCCAUUCUCCGUUUGGAUCUUGCAGGUCGUGAUCUCACCGAUUCACUGAUGAAGAUCCUCACAGAAAGAGGUUACAUGUUCACCACCACUGCCGAACGGGAAAUUGUCCGUGACAUGAAGGAGAAGCUCGCCUAUGUGGCCCUUGACUAUGAGCAAGAACUUGAGACAGCAAAGAGCAGCUCGUCAGUCGAGAAGAACUACGAGCUUCCUGAUGGCCAGGUCAUCACCAUCGGAGCUGAGAGAUUCCGUUGCCCAGAGGUUCUCUUCCAGCCAUCCCUCAUCGGAAUGGAAGCUGCUGGUAUCCACGAGACUACUUACAACUCCAUCAUGAAGUGUGACGUGGAUAUCAGGAAGGAUCUCUAUGGUAACAUCGUGCUCAGUGGUGGGUCUACCAUGUUCCCUGGCAUUGCUGACCGUAUGAGCAAAGAGAUCACUGCUCUUGCUCCCAGCAGCAUGAAGAUCAAGGUUGUGGCACCGCCUGAGAGGAAAUACAGUGUCUGGAUCGGAGGGUCCAUCCUCGCAUCUCUCAGCACCUUCCAGCAGAUGUGGAUUUCGAAAUCCGAGUACGACGAAUCUGGCCCGUCCAUUGUCCACAGGAAGUGCUUCUAAGCUCCUCAGAAGUGGGUUGAUGAGUCCUUGUUACUACAUUUGGCUUUUGCUUUUUAUCGAAUGUCGGUGUGAACUCGAGUCAGGUUUGGUGUAUUUGCUUCGCAGCAGCUACUUCAGCUCGAUUUUCGUUGCUCAAAACAGUCCCUAGUUUCUGAAGUUGCUGCGCUUUGUAGUCUUUUCUAUCUCGUGUAGGGGUGUCGAUAGGUUGAUGAGAGUGAGGUUUGUGAUGUGUCGGGUUUUUCCCCCUGGUUCUCUAUUGAGGUUUGGUUGCUUUGAGACAUUUGAAGGGUUUUUUGGUCAUCUUUUCUUGGUUUUCACCUUUUGGGGGAAGAUCAAUGUUAAUAGUUAUUUGUAUGAGCGAAGAUUUUUAUUAUAACUAGCAGGUUGCGGUCAUUAAACAGUAUGGAACCAUAUUUAUGAUUGAGAUUGAGUUUUGCCAUCUGGAUUCUCUGUUCUUCUGUAAUCAAAAGCGUGAGCUAUA